AUGGCGCAGGGACUGAGUUCUUGGGUGGACCCGACGGCGUACCUGGGAAGCUAUAGAAACCCAUCACAGAACCAAGAUAAUGCACAGCAGCAGCCACCGAGAGAGCCCGGUGCUCGGCGGGCAAAAAUUGUUGGCGCAUUUCGGGCUGCGAACGAAGCUCGGCAAAAUUAUAUUGCAAGUUACUAUAGAGGCCGAGAAGACAUAGACCAGCCGAUUACAAGCUCCUCGGGGCGAACAGCGAGCGGUUCGCAGUCGGGAGAAUGGACAGAUAGAGAUCUCCGGCCUAGUGGGACGGAGGAAAUGAUUCUAUUCCCAAGCUAUGCGAGGAAAACUAUGCAGGAAGAAAAGAGGAGAAGGAGGUCUACAUCAAGAAAUCGGCAUGAACGUCAAUUUUCCGAUGAACCGACACAGUUUCAUGAUCGGCCUAACCCACCGGAAAGUACAACAGUCGCCGAGAUUGAUGUUAGAGGUUGGAUAUUUGAGCCACCGUCAAAUGUCCUUACUAGAAAGAAUCGAUUUCUAAUGGGAGUUGCGAGACAGUUGUGUGGUUUACCUGCACAGGGCAGAGGUGUGACAGAGGAGGACAGAAAAGCAGACAUGGAAGCCGCUUCAAGACUCCAAUCGGGGCAUCUCGACACUGAUGGUCUGAGCGAUGACGAAAUGGGCCCUUCCACACUCCCAUCGGGAAUGACGUCUACAAGAUCUCUCUCCCCAGCACGCUCACCAAGACCAAGCUCGGCAAACCUCUCGGAACUAGGUAAAUCGGAAUCCGAACCCGCGUCAGGACUAGUCAAGAAGCUGUCAUGGCGCGCGGCGGCGUAUGCUUCGAGUUACAUGCAACCCAAGAAUCCUACAGGGAGUGCCCCGACAGGUCUUACAUCAAAAGAGCUUGAUACAGCGCAUGAGUUCUUGAAGCAUCGGAUGUUCCAUGUUAUGGCGAGAGCUUCCCCCAAUGUGCCUGUCACAAUAUUCUUUUACAAUGACAAUAAAUCGGAAUCCCAUACGAUUACCACGGACGCAUACGGCCAGUUUGCUUUACGUGCAGAAUUAGGAUUCAUCCCAACAGAGCUUCGAGUAUUAGCAUCAGAGAGGCUCAGUGUGACUGAACAGGUUCAGGUUCUCGAGUCACAUGGAAUCAGCUUGAUAUCCGAUAUUGACGAUACAAUAAAGAAUUCCGCAGUCACUGCAGGGGUGCGGGAAAUGGCACGGAACGUCUUCGUCAGGGACUAUCACUCACUCACAAUACCAGGAAUCACAGAAUUGUACAAUACACUGGCGUUUCUGGAUGUCCCUAUACAUUACGUCUCGAACAGCCCGUGGCAAUUAUACCCACUGGUUAGAGAGUACUUCAAGGCUGCGAACCUUCCGAGUGGUUCCUUUCAUUUGAAGCAGUAUCAGUCCGUGUUUCAGGGCAUAUUUGAACCAGUCCAAGAUCGUAAAAAAGGUAGUCUCGAGCGUAUAUUGCGAGACUUUCCUAAUAGAAGGUUCAUCAUGGUGGGAGAUUCCGGAGAAGCUGAUUUGGAGGUUUAUGUUGCUGUGGCGCUUGCAAACCCUGGGCGGAUUAGGGCAAUUUUUAUACGAGAUGUCACAACUAAGGAGGAUAUCGGUUUCUUUGAGAGCAAUAAUCUUAGCACGACAACUUUACGGCCUCAACAUACUGGAGGGUCUCCUAGCCGGCCAGCUGUACCACCCCGGCGUACUGUGACACCUUCCGAGCAUAAACCACCGCCGAAUAGGAAGCCGCAACAGGAUGAGAACUUACUUGACUUCUCAAGUUCGGAUGACGACGAGGGACCAACUAUUUUGAAGCCAAUGGAAGGGCAUACGUUGUACCCGACCUCGUCUACUGCGUCAUUUGCGACGGCGCCUACGGCACCAUCUACGACCACGACAGUCAUCCCUAAGAAGGCGCCACCGCCAUUACCAAAGAAACCAACGGACCUUAAAGGCAAGAAACUGCCUGCGACAAACCACUAUGGCAGGUCGCCCCCUCGUUCAAUGCCAAUCGACAUCUAUCGGUCCUCCAGCGACGACCUCAUCGACCUUUCGGAUCCUACGGAAAAUAUGACUUUAGAACAGAAGCCGAAGUCAGGUUCUCCUCACUCCCCACCGCAUAAGUCGCCCAGUCCGCCAAAGAUCUGGAAGGCAGAGUCCUCGGCGAUAUUUGACACACCAAGAAAUCCAAAAAUCAUACGAGAUGGGUUUUCAAAUGUUCGUCCGGGCGCUGGGGGCGCCUCUUUCUCUUCUCCCAACCUACCAACUCGUCCAAGGAGCACAUCUGGUGCUAUGGAUCCUCCUAGGUUUACUCUACGCGCGCCUACGGACUCUGAUAAAUCCACUACGACAAUAAGCCGAACGAACUCCAUUGCUAGUUCUUCGAAUAAUCAACAUACAAUCCAGCCCAUUGGUAACAGCGGUAAUGUAUUGUAUGCCAACCCGAGCGGAGCGACGAGCACAGAAACGUGGGACCCGGCUAGCGGCAUCGACAAAAAAGAGUGGUUAUGGCGGCAAAGAUGGGAUAAAGCAACUAAAGCUCUGGAUGAACAAGGACAGGGAGUUCUGCUGGUAAGCUGGAGGAAGGGAGGGGAUAUAUUGGAAACAGCAGUAAAUGUUGUGGAAAACGCAAAAAAGGAGAUGGAUCAUAGGUAUCGUUGA